CAUCCGAUUUUCGUUGAGGUUUACUGUGGUAAUAUCGUGAAUGCUUGCUCGUCUCUUAUCUUUCCCACGCGACAGCUGCCGAUUAAAAUACUUCUGAGCAUGGCUCGCGACCUGAGUCGGAGUCCUCGUCACCACAAAAUUCCGAGAGAUUUUCUUGUAGUGGCUGAUGAUGUCGAGCACGGUCUUGGUGGGGACCAUGGCAGCCACCUUGUGCCACCUGUCAGGCGUUUUCUCGUCGAAAAAGGCGAGAGCGUUUUCGAAGGCCUUGUUCUCGGCUGGGGUCCACCGACUGCCGCUGACAUGGCCAGUGUUGUUCAAGUUGAAGAAGAAGCUGAGAUAACAGUGACAACUAAAGUGGGGAAAGCAGUGGGAAAC